GUUGAGUUAUAUCAUGGAUCAGAUGGAAAGGUGUACCGAAGAAAAGUCACUAGAAGAUACGCCGGGGACGCUCCAGUUCACAAGGACUCUCGCAAGAACAUACCGACUUUUUGGGAACUUAUUCCUCUCUGAGCCGCCUCUGAAGUUGCGUGACAAAGUGGAUGAGCUUCGACCUUAUUUGCUCGAGCUUGAACAUCGGGAGAAAAGCACCGAAAUCGAUCAUAAGGCAAUAUCCGAUGAACUAUCUUCCUUCCAGCUCGCAGAGACACAGCUCUGGAAGGACCCACUUCCCACCCGUUGUUUGGAGCAUAUUGUUCGUCCGUCAGGCUCAUGGCAGGCACGUAUCGCUCAUCACCUACACAAUCCUUCCUAUACCACCCUUCACGCCAAAAACGGGGAGGUUGCUGAUGUUACAAAUGGGUGCACGGCACUCAUUAUGAACCAUCACUACGACCCCGAGCUUCACUUCAUGUUUGACCACUUCCACCGACGAGAGGACUUCUGCCCAUUUGCAAAAUAUCCAGAUCAUAUCCGAGCUUUCCAUGAGAAUCACACGGAAUGGAUUCGAAGCACAGUGCAGGCAAAGAUAGAGAUAAUAUACGGUUCUUCGGUAAGAAAAUGGGCGAUGAAGCAUUUGGAUUUGACAUCACUCAGUCUGUGGGGGGAGUACGAAGGUGUUUGGCUCCACUUCGAGUGGAAGCCGAUUGUGGCUGGGAAGAAGAUCGCAAGAAUCAUUAUAUUCGCGCUACACCCACAGAGAUUUCUCUCCUAUCAGUCGAGGUCACAAAGAGAAGCAAUAGAGCAGGAUUUAAGGAUUAGUGUUGCCCAUCAGUUGGCGUGCCUGCCUUUUACUGCUGAUUAUUAUGCUACGAGGCUUUGGACGAGCAAGGCUGAAUUUAUUCAGAACGCGUAUUUCAAUGAGUGGUGUCUAGCUGAGAAAGAAAAUUCUCGGUUCGGUAUUAUCGACCUGCCGAGGCAAAGAAAUGUACCAACACCGGAUGCUGCAUGCCCUAUAAUCACAGAUACCAGCGAGGUCAUGAGCUUUAAAAGUAGGAAGCGCCUCGGCUCGCGAGAGUUCAGACAAGAAUAUAAGUCCUUGAAUAUGCAAAACGACUUGCUGGAGUCGUUACCCUGUGCGGUCAUGAGAGAAUGGUUUGAGGCCCAACAGCAUUCAUUUUUUGGUGGAAUAUCCAUCAGGACUCGCGAUGACCUGCUCUUUGCGUACAAAAAACAUUGUGUUGGAGGUGAUGGACCACAAUCAUCUAACCUAAAUACCAUGGAGUUAAUUCAAGGCUUGAUGAAUUUUCAACAAGCAAGGAUACGGAACCGCAUCUAUCGUGCCUACCGACCAACAGCCAGAUCCUCCUGUUACUAUUCCACUUUAGAAAGCAUGCCUUGUGUAUGCGACAACUGUCGCUGCCCGCAGCCUCCCGAUCUCCUUCCUCGGUUCUCUAUUCAGCAUUCUGGGAUAUAUAUUUGUCGGGACUGCAAAUGCAACUCAGAAGCUUGUUAUGAAACAACAAGAUAUGCCAUACCCGCUGAUCAGACGCCAUAUAUGGUAUUUGAUUUCCUGAUUGAUACCACCGUUGCAGCUCGCAAGCUGAUCCGCACCGAUGAUGAGUGCGAAGGGUAUUCCACUACCGUUAAACUCUGUCCCCAAUGGACCAAAGGAGCACGUCCUAAAUACAUUCCAAGAUCGUUCACAUGUCAUAACUGCUCUCGCAACGACCAGCAUUUUGUUCCCGUCAAUGGAGAUAUAUCCUUCAUCCCCUUACGCGAUCUCGCUAUAUUUGCGUUCAAUUUCUCGUAUAUGGACGACCAAACCCUGAUCGCGCAUCUUGAAGCCCGCCCCUCGAGCACAUUCACCACUCGGAGCUAUACCAGACGUUCACAGGUAAACCUCGGUAAUGCCAACACGCCCGGGAGUCUAGAUACCGGCCCUCCCCUAAAGAGGCGCAGGGGCACGAGAAAGGUUGACGCAUCACAAGUACAGUUGCCGAAUAGGAUUGCUGGCGAGCCUUCUGAAGAUAAUGACGACGACCCGACGGAACCAAACGGCGGCAAGUCUAUGAUUGAAAAUUAUAGUAAGCCAGCUAUUAUCGAGUUAAAAUGCAGCAAAUGUGGUCAGCGCUGUGGUAGCAACUAUCGACCUAGGUGGCAUCGAGAUACGGGAGAUUAUAUCGCACUUUCGAGGCCCCAGUGCCCUCAAGGUUGCACGAACCAAAAAGUCUGGCUAGUACCGGUUUCUGAUGUUGAAUAUAUGACGGCCAAUAUGCUAGAAGCCCGGGAGAGAAGCGAUGAGCGUCAUCGACAAACGUACGGUCCUGUUCUUCAUCUUGCUAAUCCUCUGUCGGAGAGAGCUCUAAGAAUGACUAGUUGGAGGGUCAGAAGUCUCGGACAACAAAAGCUACAGAAUGAGCUACAUCUAUAUUGAAAUUUGCAAUCUCACCUUUUCCUCACUACAGACUGCUUGGAGGGAAACGAGAAGUCAACGGGGAGGCACACAACAUAGACGAAGUCAUGAUCAUUGAAAGAG